AGCGAAUAACAUAGCGCUGUCCGUUCUUGUUCUCAUCUCCCAUUUUUUGUUGGCAGCCACUACGCGCUGAACUUGAUCUUGAUCGCACACCUGUUGACGUAGAAAAAGAGGCAGAGGCCAAAAUAGAGACAAAAAGACAAAUCCGAAUCCCCCUAACUGCAAUUAUAAUCUACAAAACCAAAGUACAGGCCAGGCCACCCUCCAAAUCCUACCUUCUCCAUCCGCCAUUAGAGAGGAUACAGAGAAUGCCGAGAGUGAGAGAGACAAGGUAGAGGUUGGCGCGGCCACAGUGGCAAAGCCUCCGUCGGCGAGGAGCGCUGCAUGCGCUGUUGCCGGGCAUGGUCCUGCGUCCGCGUCUUGAAGGAUUUCAAGGAAGGGAGGAGGAUCGGAAAGGGCAACUACGAUUCGGUUGGCCCAUUCAUACGGUUCUGUAAAAAAGGCAGUUUUUUUUGGCUGUGAUAUCCGCUGGUUUGCUAUUUAUUUAUUCUCAAGUUUUGGAGGCCGAAAGAUCGAUUUUCGUGCUGGCUUCAGUGUUUUGACGCCUUGAGGGGUUCCUGUGAAGAACCAGAGGAUCAGAAUUCAGAAGGGGGGAAAAGUGGGUUUCUCGUCGGUUUUCCUUGGUUUUGUGGUUCUGAAUUCUGAGGUUGUUCUGAGGCAGGGGUCUGUCUUGCUGGAGAAUGAAGAUGGAGAGGUUGGUGUGCUCUGCGUGUUUGUUUUGGUGAAGACGACUAUAGCUGGAACUGGAAUAAAAGGAAGAAAAAGAUUCGGUUUCCUUUCUUUUGCGUGUUCUGAUCCUACUGAGAUAUCCCUUCCUGACACUUCAGAAUUUCUUUGUUUCCGACUUGGUAUCGGCAUCUCGUGGAAACCGAGGAAGCACGGCAAUUUCAAGGGCCUUCGUUUGCUUGGGGCUAUCAGAACAUCCUAACCUGUUCCUGCCGGCAAUAUUUUUUGGUUCUGAAGACUUAAAGAUUGGAUUGAGUGAUCUCUGCAAAUCUUCCUUUGGUGGUUUUUUGGCCUUUUGGGUACUGUCUGUGAAGUGUAGCAGGACCGCCUCUGCUGUUAUACUUGAUUAUAAGCUUGUCUAAAGCAAGCCCGUAGAAGGAAAGUUAUCUGACCAUGUUCUCAGCUAUCAUGGCAAAGAAGAGUUACAAACAGCAUUCCAAAUCUGAGAAAAUCCAGGUGGGCUGUAUGUCUGGGCUGAUUCGCAUGCUUGACUUCCGUCGCAGUCCAAAACUUCUUUCAGAUGGGACAGUCAAAAGAGAUCCAAAAGGUUUUGAAGAUAUCCAUGGAAAUAAAUCUGCUAUUAAUGGAAAAGACCACAGUGUUGAAUUAAUUUAUGCUGGUAGAUCAAGUAUUAGAACUUUGAUGGAAGAAGAGAUGGCCAGCAGCACACAACCCUUGAAGCAAGCACAAAGCAAUGUAACUGGGAUAUGCUCUGAAGAUAUUGAUCUAAACUUGGCUGCAAGUCUCAUGGAAAUCUACAGAUCUCGUACUGAAGGUCAAGAAAUCAGGAAUUCAAUUGAGUCAGGUCACAGUUCCAUUUCGACUGACAAAGAGAACAAUACUGACCCUCCUGCUCAUCUCUAUCAGAUCCCAUCUAGUAUCCAGAGAGCUCUAGAAGAUGUUGCUGAAGCAGUUAUAAGACAUCAAUCUGCAAACAAAAACUACAUAAACAGCAGUGAUGAAACUAGGUCCAGAGAAUUCGUUGAUGCCCUACAGCUACUGAGCUCAAACAAGGAAAUGUUUCUGAUGCUUAUGCAAGACCCAAGCUCUAGGUUGUUAGAAUGUCUCCAAAACCUUUACAUGUCACUAGGAAGUACCAAGUUAGACUCUGAAGAAUAUGACGAAGAAACUGAGUUGCAAUGUAUGACAGAUGGUCUAGAGCAGUCAGUGACAUCUCCAAGUAAGGUGCAAAGAAGGCAUAAUUCUUUCUUGAAGGAGGAUAGGUUGGUCAUGAGGAAACCACCAAAGUUAAAUGAUAGUUCUCGUGGCCUUAGCAGAAUAGUAAUCUUGAAGCCAAGUCCAGCAAGAGGUCAUAGCAGUCUUAUCUCAGGUAGCACAACUUCGUCACCACUAUCAAAUCAUAUUGAUUUGCAAGUUCAGGAAGCCAGUGAUAAACCUGAUUGCCAUUUCUCACUUAGAGAGCUUAAAAGGAGGCUAAGACUUGCCAUUAGCGAUAAUCAGAAGGAUUACCAGUUAAACUCCACGAGUAGUAAUUUUCAUAAAGCUGAGGCUGAUUCUAGCAAACUGCUUCCAGUCACAAGUAUGUCGGAGACGGAGAGUCUGGCAAGUACAGAUCCUUCUGACAGGUCUAAGGAACCAUCUAUUGUUGAUAAGAAAACAGUCACGGAAGAUAGUGUGAGUGGGAUGAGAAAUGAUGUCGCUCAUGAUGUCGGUGUCAGCUCUUUCUCCUAUGAAAAAGCUAAGAUGUAUAUAAUUGAGAGAUUAAAUGAUCAAGGCGAAGAAAAUUAUCAAAUUGUACAAAAAUGUGAAUCUUUUGAGAGAUUAAUUUCACUGCCCGAGAAUGAUAGAUUUUCUACAAGUGAUUGCCCUCAAGAGGAGAAAAUUAGCAUGGCACAUGAAGCUACAGAACCGUUGAACUUGCAUAUUACUGAGCAAGAGGAUGGUUCAGCAAGCCCUUACUCAACAAGGCUGUACCAGGAGACAGAAUCAGUCGACACUAGCAACUUAGGUACAGAAAUGUUGAUUGAGCCCACGAUAGAUCAUGGUAGCCAUCCACAAAAUGAGGGCACUAUCUCACAGGAGUUGAUCCAUGAAGGGGUUAAGAUCAUGCUAGAUACAAUGGAGAACUCACCGCUCUGUGCUGAGACCGAUACUUCGCAGGAAGGAGUGGGGGAGACAAAUCCAGACGAUUGUUCAUUGGAGGAACCACAAUCCAUGAAUUUGUUACCAGAACUGGCCCUGUAUUCUCCAGAUGGCUCCGUUAAUGAACAAGAGAACCAUAUUCCAUCAGAAGUCGUUGAAUUAGUCAAACCAUCUUUAUUGACAUUUCCAUAUUCACCAGAAAAUACUAAUGACAAAGAGGAGAAAUUGAGUCCACAAUCUGUUCUUGAUCCCAUUGAAGGUGAAGUUACCUGUGCUCGACACAAAACUCCAAAACGAGAUGAAUUCUCCAUGCCUACUUCCAGAGUGCUGUUCAAAGAGGUUGACACUCCUUCAACAUCUCCAGCUUUGUGGAAUGGACCACAAGUAGCCAUUUUGGAUGAAAAAGCCACAAGGGUGUCCUUCAUCGUGGCCGCCCUAGAAGCUUCAGAAUUGCUGUCCGAGGAAAACUCGCAGAGAUGGUACACAGAAGAUCCACUGCUUGAUGUAUCUGUGUUGGCUGAAGUAGGAAAUUCAUACUGCCUGACAGAUGAUGCAGUGCUUUUGUUUGACUGUGUGGAAGAAGUUCUUCUCAAGAUAAGGGACAAGUUCUUUGGUACCGACCCUUGGGUUAAUUUUCUGAAACACAAUGUACGACCAGCUCCAGUAGGAAGACAGCUCGUUGAAGAGGUGACUAAGGGAAUCGAUUCUCUUGUCGGUAAAGAAUUUCCAAACACUUUAGAACAGGUGAUGAUGAAAGACUUGGACAGUGGGUCGUGGCUGGAUCUUCGAGGCGAUACUGAAAGUGUUGUAGUUGAGUUGUGGGCUGGUUUGCUUGAUGACUUACUGGAGGAAGUGGUUUUUGAUUUGUGGCUUUGAUACUGUAGUGCUUUGUAGUAAUCCAUGCAGGCAUAUUCGACUAGUACUGACAUGGGGUUAAUAGAUACAGAAACCUUUUGUGAAAGGAUAGGGAAAAGUGAGUUCGGCAGGUUGCCAAAUAUUGUAGAGGUAGGCAGUUCAUCAAUAUAGUUGAUUUCCAUUUUCUUUUGGAUUUGUGCUUAUUCUAAGUCAGAAUCCUGAUUGAAUGUUGCUCUUAACCUCAGAAUUAUUCAAUUUCUUUAAGCUCCUUUUGUUCUCUGUAGAUGUAUGAAAACAUCAAAAUAAGUGCAGCUGUAUAUAAAGUACCCCACUUAUCUAUGGUAAAUCUUUUGUUUUCA